AUGUCUAAUGCUAGUGUUAUUAUUUCCGGUGAUUUAGAAUAUAAAUGUCGAAUAAUAAAUCCUGUUGAAUAUACGAAUGAAUUUGAAAUGUUUGUUAGAGAUACAUUUUUUAAAUAUGAACCAAUGAAUACACAUCUCGGUUCAUAUCCCGAUUAUAUUCAUUUAGAUUGGUUUCGACAACAACUUAAAAGAGCAAAAUCUGAUAAUGUUAGUUUGGGUAUUUAUAUAAAUGAGACACUUAUCGCUUAUGCAAUUAAUCAUGUUGAACAUAUUGAUCAAAAUGAACCAAAUGAUGAUAAUACUAAUUCAACAUUGAUUCUAAAUGAGACUAUGCGAAAAUAUCAUGAAAUUUAUUUGUUAAUUGAUAAACUUCAUGUGGAUUUAAAUUUAUAUUCAAUGUUUAAUGUUAAAUCGUUGUUUCAUAUUCUAUUAAUUGGUGUUCAACCACAAUAUCGUCAACUCAAAUUAGCGAAUAAACUUAUAUUAGAAUCGAUUAAAUUAGCACAAAAAAUAAAUUUUGAAGUAAUUUAUGCCGAGGCAACUGGUAUUUAUUCAUUAAAUGCAUUUCUUAAACAAGGUUUCAUGAAUGUGAAGACAAUUGAGUAUGAAUCGUAUGAAAAUGAAAGAGGUGAAAAAACAUUUUCAGGCAUACAAACUCAUAAAGGAUGUUCAAUUGUUGUCAAAGAUUUAAGAGAACAGAUAUAA